ACCUAGUGAAAGUGAUGGAACUUGCUUCCUCGCUCGUCACGUUCGAGCUUGUCCUUCCUCCGUUGCUCAUUAUCUGUGUCUUGGCACUCACUUCUCCGCUCUAGCUAACGAAGAGUGCCUUCUCCUUAGUACAUCUGUGAUUUCUCUGCGAACACAUUGUGAUUACCAGUAUGAGAUAGUUCUUGAAUGAAGAGAAUGAUUGGUGGACAAAAAUUUCUGAAAUGGCUUAUCCCUCUUGUCGCGAUUUUACACCAAGUUGCGUCUCUGAACUCCGCCUCUGCAGCAUGCGACUUCAGUUUUCUUGAUGGAAACAGGAUUUAUAACUAUACCUUGACUUCUCCCGUGCGGGACUUCCCCCAUGGCGUUCGCAGCGAAGAUGGAUAUUACAAAGUAGCAGCAAACGAGACCAUACUGUGGUUUCAGCUUUGUGAUGGAAUGAUUUUCAAUCAUGACCCUCCUACAUGUGCUGACUGCUGGGAUUGUGGGGGGCCAAUGCGUUGUGGGAUGGAUUGUACUGCACUUGUAGCAAACAACAUUGGAGGUUAUCAUGUAUGCACAACCAUAGGACGGGGCCCAAAAGUAGAUGUUGAUAUAUUUGAUAAGAAAAAUCCCCACAGCGGUGUCAUUGUUAAGAUGUCAAGCAAUAGCCCUAAGUUGAAUUGUUCGCUGUCAGUGUCUGUGCUAUGCCAUUCAAAUGGUUUUCAAGGACCGCAUUCUCUGGAGAGGUUAGGGACCUGUAACUAUGCUACAGAGCUGAGGCAUCCAUCUGGAUGUGCCGUUAUUUUGAAUGUUCAUGGGAAAGGGUGGGGGUGGUUUGUCACCUUAAUAACCACUAUCUUGUGCCUUUUCGGGGCGUAUCUACUGGCUGGCAUAGUUUAUCGGCAUUUCUUCCUUGGGAUUCGUGGUAGAGAUGUUAUCCCCAAUUUGGACUUCUGGUCAACCCUGCCCCGAAGAACCCAGGGUUGUUGUGCUUCUUUGGUGAGGAAGUUCAAGGGACCUUCUCAAGGUUACCGGAGCUCAUAUUCUCCCGUGAACUUCUGAGGGUGAUAUUUUAAUAUUUUUUCUUCUGGAUUCAUCAUGGAUCAUCGCAUAUGGACGAUGAUUCUGCAGAAAAGUGCAAAUACGUCACUUUUCAGAUGCCCGGCAGGUCAGAUCCAGAUGCAUCCUUGGUAUAGAGCCUUGAAAUCUGUACCUCUUGCCGUGACUCCUUCGUCCACGACUGUUGAGCUUUCACAUCCAUGGCUCCUUAAUUAUUUUUAUUAUUUUUAAUAAUUAGAGGGAUUGUAAGAAGAAGUUGAGAAAAUUAAGAAAUCCUUGGAUGUAAUUUUAGGGGGAAAUGGGAAUAAUAGCAUUUUUAAGAUGGCAAUUUUUAGUGGCAUUUUUAUAAUCGAUUAUCGUCGAGAUAAUAGAAUGGAUUCGGCUGAAUGAUCUUUGCUUCGCCA